CACAUGCACGCAUGGACAUGCACACGCACACACACAAACGCGCGCACACACACACAAACACACACAAACACACACACACACACACACACACACACACACACACACACACACACACACACACACCACCACCACCACCAAAGCUAGAUUAUAAAAAGGUAGAAAAUGAGUGAGAGAGAAAGAGAGUCUGAGUGCGUAUGAGAGAGGGAGUGAGGGAGAGAUCAUAGUCCACAAUUGUUAAGUUUACAUGGAACAAAGCAAGCAGCAGACUGAAAAACCACAGAGGACUAGAAGCACGCCUCUGCUUGAGGGAGGGAGCCAGGAAGGGGGAAAAGAACUUACAGUAGAGGGUAGGGUGUGACAGACGUGUGCGUACUCUGAGGGAAGCAGAAAGCCAGGAGCCACUUAUGCCAGACUGUUGAUUCUGGACCCCCAGGAAAUACCUGAGCGGGCUUCAACACGAGACUCAGAGGAGCAGCGUGUCCACUUGUGUGAGCAGGGAGGUCGAGAGAAGGAGCGAGCACUCAGAGCAGGAUUUAAAACAAGUGCUUCUGGAAGAAGUGGACAUACUCCGGCGUCUUUCUCUCCUGAAUCUGCUGUGUGUGUGUGUGUGAGAGAGAGAGGGAGCAGCAAUGGCUCGGUGCCACUCACUCCAAAUGCUGGUCCUUCUGUUCUUAUUCUUCAUGCUUCAGUUUGCUGCUUCAUCUGCGUUAGACCCGUGUCCAACACCAUUUGCCCGCACCUUUAUCUUAAAUGAAAACGAAAACUGUAGUGACGUGAGCGAUGAGGGAAAAAAGCACAUCCAGUCCAACAACACCACGGUGCUGCUUCCCCUCCUCUACCUGGUGGCCUUCUUGGUGGGCCUCCCCGCCAACCUGGUGGCCCUGUGGGUGCUGCUCUUCCGCACCAAGAAGCAGCCGUCCACCACCCUGCUCAUCAACCUGACCGCCUGCGACCUGCUGCUGCUCGUCGUGCUGCCCUUCCGCAUCGCCUACCACUUCCAGGGCAACGACUGGACGCUGGGCGAGCCCCUGUGCCGCCUGGUGAUGGCGCUCUUCUACGGCAACAUGUACGGCUCGGUGCUGUGCCUGGCGCUCAUCGCCUUCGACCGCUACCUGGCGCUGGUGCACCCGAUCGGCGGGCGGGCGCUGCGCACCUACCGCAACUCGGUCUACAUGACGGCGGCGGCGUGGGCGGUGGUGCUGGUGGCCAUGGUGCCCCUGCUGGCCACGCAGCAGACCUACCCGCUCGCCAGCCUCAACAUCACCACGUGCCACGACGUUCUGCCCGACAAGAUACAGAUGCGCUUCCUGGUGGCGUACUUCGCCAGCCUGUUCGCCGUCUGCUUCGUGCUGCCGCUGCUGGCCGUGCUCUUCUGCUACGGGUCCAUCCUGCGCGCGCUGGUCAAGGCCGGGCGGCGCUACGCCCACGCCGUGCGCGUCACCGCGCUGGUGCUGACCGUCUUCCUCGUCUGCCUGCUGCCCAGCAACGCGCUGCUGCUGGCGCACAACUCCUACCUGCUGUGGGGCGACCAGGAGGUGGGCGAGAGCCUCUACAUGCCCUACAUGGUGACGCUGGCGCUCAGCACCUUCAACAGCUGCCUCGACCCCUUCAUCUUCUACUACGUGUCCGAGGACUUCCGGGAGAAGGCGCGGCAGGUGCUGCUCUGCGGGCAGCCCGAGAAGACGCCGACCUCCAGCCAGCUGGAAACGCGCUCGUCCUCGUCCUCCCGCUCCAAGGUGACCCUGCUGUCCACCUCGGGCCGGGUGUCUGUGACUCCCGAGGCCCCCUGCCUGCACGGAGCUGCCGCCUGAUCGCCGGGGGGGGGGGUGGUUGGAGUGGCAGCGUGACGCUGCUGUGAUACUGCAGUAAGAGCACUGCAAGUGGUGCCCCCCCAGUGCACUCCAGAGACCUCUCCAGUUGGCGUGUAAUGGAGACACUGGGCGCAUAGAGACAAUUUGUGGCCAAUCUUCCAUGGCUGUUUGUGUUUAAGUGCAUGUCUGUCAUUCCUGAUGCUAAUGGCUUUCAUACAGGGAACGAAGGCCCCGUUCACACACACACACGGGUAUCUUGAAAAACAGAGACUUUUCCCUUCGUUUGUGCCUUUCAUUACACACAAACGGCGAUUUCGCCUCUGAAAAAGUGGAGAUUUAGGAAUACUCUCGUUUUGCGUAUGAAUGUGAACGGAGAAAAACUAAGAAAAACAGAGUUUUAGGCAAUCUACGCGCCAAUGUCAAAGACACAGUAUGUGGCAGUGCUUGCAUCUGCGCAAAAAAGUGUGUCCUACAGUAUGUUUACAUUUUAAUUUUGCUAUGGUGAUCAUGGAUGCAUUCAGAGUAGCAGUCGCAAAAUGUUGGUGCCAACCCUUUUUGGGGUUUUUUUGCAUUUGCAAAUACAGUUGAAAUGAAACAGAGGAAGUGAUUCGUUGAUGUUGUUGCUAUUUUCGGGAUUCUGAUGUGGGCUCGAGCUUCUUGUUACACUACUACCUAUAGGUUUGGCAUGUUCUUGACAGCACAUACACAGGUUAGUGUCAACAAAAACUUUUCUGAAAACUGUUGUAUGUUAUUUUUGAAAACAAAGGGAAGGAAAUAUUUGUUUAUCAAAAUACCUGUGUAUGUGUGAACGUAGCCCAAGAGGAAUAGAAGCAAAUUAUCGGCAUUGAACUUCUCUCAGCAUUACAGCAUUGUGUUAAGACUAGUCAUCAUGAGUAUCUUAGUAAGCAGAAUGAUCUUUUCUAUCCAUUAUCUUAUGCAAAGAAUAUUCUAUACUGUCAUCAGAGGCCCAUAUCGGUGUUGUAAAGACCAUAUAAAACAUUAGCCACUUUAUUGCGCUGGAAAAUAACUGUGUUAAAUUCCAUAUUAACACAACUAUUGUCUUAGUCGGGGGGCUAGCCCUCCCCAAUUUUUUACAUUACUACUGGGCAGCUAACAUUCAAAAACUCCUAUAUUGGACAGUUGAGACCACCGCCAAUCAGCCAGCCUGGGUCCAGGUAGAAUUUUCUUCCUCUAAAGCCCCAUUACGGUCAUGGUUAUGCUCCCAGCUUCCAAUAUCAACCACUGAAAUUAGCGUUAACCCCGUAGUCAUUCAAUCGUUUAAAAUAUGGAUACAAUUCAGAAAGCAUUUCAGCCUGCAGUAUUCUUCUGUCCACGCCCCAGUGUCCCGCAAUCAUGGUUUCAAACCAUCUAUUAUGGAUUCUGUCUUUCAACUCUGGAGUGACAGAGGUAUCACGGCUAUUAAAGACCUCUAUUACAAUGGUACUUUCAUGUCUUUCACUGACCUGUCAGCCAAAUUUCAACUUCCACCUGCUCACCUUUUUCGCUUUUUUCAAAUUAGGCAUUUUGUGCAGAGAAACUACCCUGAUUUUCCAAGUCUUCCUCCAGAGACUUUGGUAGACACACUUCUUAAAAUAAACCCUGACCAGAGGGGGGCUAUUUCUUAUUUCUAUAAAGCCCUUGAUUCUUCUGUAUCCAAUUUCCCUCAAAAAACCAGAGACUUAUGGGAACGGGACUUGGGGCAUAUUGAAGAAGACCAAUGGGACCAUAUUCUGGAGUUGGUCCAUGGUUCCUCCAUCUGUGCCAGGCACGGAUUAAUUCAAUGUAAACUAUUACAUAGGAUUUACUACACUAACCAUAGAUUGUCCAAGUUUUACCCUAAUGUUGCAGAUGCUUGUAAUAGGUGCAACCAAUCUCCAGCAGACCUCAUUCACAUGUUUUGGUCAUGUCCAAAGCUAGCAGACUUUUGGUCUAAAAUAUUUGACACUCUCCACACGGCCUACCGUUGUGUAACAAACCCACAUCCUUUGUCGGCUCUUUUUGGUAUACCACAUGGCAACACUCUAACAGCUGAAGCACAACACUCUCUGGCCUUCUGCACCUUGCUUGCCAGGCGCUUGAUAUUGCUUAACUGGAAGCAGGCCCUGCCGCCGUCAUAUGAUAGAUGGAUUAAGGAAGUUCUAUAUAAUCUAAAACUUGAGAGGCUAAGAUUCUCCCUUAGAGGCUCCUUGAGGAAAUUUGAUAAAACUUGGAACCCCUUGCUCUCCAUCAUAGACUCCCUAGACAUCAUGCCUGAUGAGUGAAAUAUUCUGAGUGAAAUAUAUCCCUUAGACUUACAGUGUAAUUAACCACUAAUGCAAAGAGGUUUAUUUAUUUAUUUAUUUAUUUUAUUUUAUUAUUAUUAUUAUUAUUAUUUAGUUAUUUUUAUUAUUAUUAUUAUUAUUAUUAUUUUUCAGAGUUUAUUUUUAUUGUUGUUUGUUUCACUUUUGUUUGGUCCUGUUGUCAUUUUUUUUGUAUUGUGUCUUGUCACUUAAG